AUGCGUUCCUCACCGCCACCCCGCAUUCGCCAUCGAAGGCUUACGGCCCUCUCUGUCUUGCUUUUUGUACUAGCUACCUUUGUUUGCCUGUCAGGAGAGGCCCUUAGGUCCAAUGAAGCCCCUAACCUCAGCGUCCCAGGCGGGGCGCAUGGGCAUCGUCACACACAAUCGGUUCAAGUCUCCUCAGAGCCUGUGAGCGCUGCAGAGCUUAGCGAUGGCGACAGCACAAGCAGCAGUAGCGCUACUUCGGAGGCCAUGGCUGACGUGAAAGAAGCCCUUGAUCGCGCUGCUGCCGGGGUGUCUCUGCACUUGCCGUACUCGGAUGAUUUCAAAGAUGCUCUCGCAGUGCACAAGGCCACAGGCAUUUGCAAGCCCUGGACGGACCCGGAAACGAAUACGAUCUCAAGUGGGUUGUCUGAAGACGUAAUGGUGCGUCGGCUGCAGCAGCGAAAGGACAUGGACGAAGCACUUGAUGAAGAGGAACUGGAGGAUUUUCAGGAGGCCUUAGACUCAAACGACUCAGAAGACAUUGCUGCUGCUGUGUGGGCCAUAUUCUUCAGGCCGUUACCCUUCAGCUGUGUUUUGAUUGGCGUGCUAGUGCUGCUACUUUGGUUGCUGCUCUUUGUCCCACAAAGCUGUUGCGCACGCUGCCGCUGGGUGUGCUGCUGCUGGCCCCGCAAGCAUAUCACCUUCAAGGCUGGUCACAGCCUCGUGGUCCUCAUAUUGGGGGUCAUUCUUGCCACCUGUUCAGUGUACAUGCUCAUCCACGGCCAAAUGGCCGUGCAUGAAUCCAUUAACGCCAUGGGAGCUUCCAGCUGCUCUGCCCUGGAACUUGUGGAAACCGCCGAGUGGGGAGACCCGGAACUACAAGGGGAGGGUAAAAGCAGUGGCGACGGCUCCACGCCCCUUCUGGCCAAAAUUCUAUUAGCAGGCAAGGGCUCAUUCCUGGGUGUCCGAUCUCUGUGGGCGGCAGCGGAGGGCGUGAAGCAGCUGCUGUCAGCGGAUAGCAAAUACAACCUGGCAACCCUAAUCAAAGGAAAACUGGGAACAGAAGACACUGUGGAGGACAAACUGGAGGUAAUUGAUGAGUCGAACUCCGCCUUCCAGUUCAACAUAACAAGCUUUCAAAGUGCAGCACAGAAACAUUACAUGAAGAGCCUCUUUGCUGAAGCCGUCAGCAAAUAUGGCAACAACUUUUAUGACCCAUUUGUCUCCGGCGUAAAUAGCCUCACUAGCGCUGUCGAUUCAGCCCUGGCAGCAGCUCCCCUGCCAUCCCUGGACCUCACAAAAGCCGUGGACCUGCAGGGCCUCGAGUCAGGCACCUCGCAUAUGCAGCAGGUGGCCGUGGACGUCUGUGACGUCGCUUCUCCUGUGGCUGCAUUGGUCCCGUUUUUGAUCUGGACAGAAGCGGCGAUGCUGCUUAUCGGCAUCGUUUGCGCAGUUGUGGCUCUGGCUUUCUUUUUCACCACUCACGGCCGUCGGAGCGCUACCGCAAGCGGCCUCUCCUGGGGUAUCAUCCUGCUGUUUGUUUCGCUUGGGCUCAUCACUACCGGAGCCCUCUUUGUCGCUUAUUCCGUGGGGGCGCCGCUGUGCAGUGUGGGGUCAAAAACUCUGUGGAGUGAAGAUGGAAGGCACGGUGUGUAUGACGAAGAGACACACAGCGCAGACAAGAGCGAGAUAGACCGCUUCUCGGUCUCCGUCGUAGGCGAGUCUGGCUCCAUCAUCAAGGAGUGCGCCAGUCACGAGAACUAUAACUUUCUUGAAGCAGCAGGUCAAGAGUUUCUGAUCACUGAAGCUCAGGUCCAGCUAAAUAACUCCCACCAGGCCCUCAUCAACGCCCUACCACGAUACCAAACAUUCGAAGUCGUCACCCAAAUUGAGCAGAUCCAGAAGUGGGUUAACGAGUUCGGCUAUUUGGUCGUUUAUGAUACGGAUCUCAUGGAGAAGGAUCCCAACUUGAAGCCUCUGCUUGACACAUUUCCAGAAGUCCUCAGCAGCGGAGUUAAUAUAAGUACACGCACAAUAACUAAUCUCAAGGGAGUUCAACAGAAAGUGUACGGCUUGGCGGACAUCAGUGCCAUGUUGGCCCCCGCAGCGUUGGAAGGCUAUAAACAACUGAGCACUACGCUGACCAUCACUGCGCAGUACCCUGAUGAAAACGAUGAAAGCUUCAAGAAAUGGGUAAAAGAAAUACAAGCGAAAAAGCAAUCGGAGCUACUUGCAGCGAAGGAUAAGGACUACCUAAAAAAGUCAGCUGCGUAUGCGCAGCAGAUGCGCAAUGCCGUGCUGCUGUGUAAACAAAAGCUGCAGCUAUUAGACGAAAUUAUGCCCUGCUACCGAUACUCAAGCGACGGGCAAGCCAAGCGCGGCAACUGCACGGGCAACGAGAUGUUCGGCCAGCCCAAACUCGGCUCCUGGAAUAUUAUCGAGCAAUCUGCGUACUACCUUACCGUCUCUAGCCGUUCUUUCAAUCAGACGAUGCAGUUCGCUUCCUCACACACUAUCGACUACAUCAACGCACUUUUUGCCCUCAUGCAGAAGGUGCUGAAAAAUCUCUCGGACGCUAUGAGCUGUUCCUUUGUGAGAGAAGGGAUGAUACAAACUACUUACUUUGGCUGCUACGAAGGCGUAGAUGCAGUUUGGAAUGCUGCAAUGCUGCGUUUUAUCGGCCAGCUGUGUGCAGUGCUCCUGGGCCUGCUGUUCUUCAUACUUUGGCGCAUGCAGAAAGACAACAAGAUGCUGGAAGAGGAGCCACGCGAAGACAAGCAACAUCUUCUGAAGGCAGAAAGGGCCCCAGAGGUGUUCGAUCAAACAGGGGAGGAUUCCAGUGCCACCGCCAAGGACAGAGAGCAGCCCGUCGUCGAGUCCAGCUCGAUGUGGGCCUGA